UAAAUUUCGUACCACACACAGUUUUAGGGACUAAUCAAUUUAGUUUAUAGCUCUACUACGCGUAGCGCGUACCACCUACCGGCCUACUACAGACUAUACAGAGUGUAGCUCGGUAUGAGAGUGUCGAGUAACGCUGAUCUUGACCACCGCCACUGACGAUAUAAUCAUAAUAAUCAUUCCAGCACACGGACGGAGAUGGGAAUCUAUCUACCUAUCUAGGUGUCCGUCUCGAACGAAAUCUUUUAAGAAUUCUCAAAACGUGACACACACUCGCACACACGGUGUACACGGUGCGCUGUUAGCUAAUCACUUUUAUUUCGAAUUAUAAUAUUAUUAUGGUUUUUCUCGUGUUAUCUAUAGACGAUUUGUUUAUCAGCAGUGCAGCUAUGCUCAUUGCUCGAAAAAAGAGUGCACACAGACACAAUAGUUGUGCAAUACACGAUGUUUUCGACUUUCGUUGUUGCUACUUGUUGCUCUAUCAACGCGCGACGCGUUUGUUGUAUUAAAUCCACGUAUAUUAUAAAAUUAUUUUUUCGUUUGUGAGAGACAAUUAUUGGUAGUGUUCUUAUCAUUAUCGUAACGUACCUACGCUCAAAUCGCGACGGCAUUUUUUGUUUACCCGUACGUAAGCGCGAGUCGCAGCAGGAAAUAUUUAGAAAUUAUUGUACCUAUUCAGCAUAGGCUUUUGCUAACAGAGUGCUACUAUUAUUCGUGCACGACAACUACUAUCGGCUGAAGGUCAGAGACGGCUGGCCAUUCCGCUCACCUACAAAUACUCUCAAGUAUUCCAAGUACCAGAUCUAAUUUAUAUACAAUUGGCAAUGGAAAAUACAAAGCAAAUUCCGGAAUCCAGGCGAUGUGAAUCAGCUAAAUACAAGUAUAAAAAAUCAUCUCAUGUGGAGAUAUUUAAAGUACUACAAUCCUUACGAUGGGAUGAGAUGUUUUGCGAUUUUAAACUAGAAACCGAUGAUGGUAAAAUUAUAUGUGGUCAUAAAGUGAUUUUAGCAUCAGCUAGUCCUUAUUUCCAUGCAAUGUUUAAAAAUUGUGAAGAAAAAAAUCAAUAUCUUGUUAUUAUGAAACAGUUAGAUUCAACGGCCUUACAGCUGUUAGUAAACUUUAUUUAUUCCGGGGAAAUCACUGUCACUGAAAAUAAUUUACAGUUUAAAUUGUGUACCUUAUGUUUGUUUCUCAAGAUUUUAUUACAAGCUUCAAAUAUCUUGCAGUUACAAGAAGUAAAAGAAGCAUGUUGUCAUUUUUUACAGACACAAAUGUGUCCUAAAAACUGUAUUGCUAUAAAUGCGUUAGCUGAUUUGCAUAGCUGUACAAAAUUGUUAAGAAGUUCAGAAUUAUAUAUUCUGCAACACUUUUCAGACAUGGUAGAAGGAGAUGAAUUCCUAUCCUUAUCAUCUGAACAAAUGGUUAAGUUGAUCGCCUGUGAUGAGUUGAAAGUUCCAUCUGAAGAAAAAGUAUUUGAAUCUGUAAUUCGAUGGAUAAAAUAUGAUUUGGAUUCCAGAAAAGGUAUCUUGCCCCAAUUAAUGGAACAUGUGCGUUUACCAUUAACAUCCAAAGACUACAUAUUAAAAAAAAUAGUUGAGGAACCUCUUGUUAAUAAUUGUCUCAAAUCUAAAGAUUACGUAAUUGAAGCUUUACAUUUUCAUUUACUUAAGUCAAAUGAGCUUGUUUCAUUCCUUACCAUUCCACAUCACAACCGGAAAAAACCUAGACAACCUGGUUCUCAAAAAGUUAUUUUAGCGGUUGGUGGAUCAAGGCAUGGUGGAAAUCUUGAUAGUACAGAAUGGUAUGACCCAAAAAUCAACCAAUGGCAGCCUGGGCCACAAAUGAUUGCAUCACGUUUUAGUGGUGGUCUAGCUGUAGUAAAAGAUAAUUUUGUGAUUUAUAUGGGAGGUGUGAAUCUUGGAUCAGUUCAUCAAUCUGUUUAUUUGCUAGAUUUAUCUUCAGAAUCACCUUAUUGGAAAUCAACUGUUGACAUGUUAAUUAAAAGACGACAUUUAGGAGUUGGCGUGAUAAAUAACUAUCUAUAUGCUGUUGGCGGUUCUGAUGGCAAUAGUUGUUUAAGUAGUGCAGAAGUUUUUGACUGCAGAACUCAAGAAUGGCGUAUGAUAUCGAGUAUGGCUACUAGAAGAAGUAGUGCUGGGAUUGGAGUACUGCAUAAUCUUUUAUUUGUGGUAGGAGGUGUUGAUGGUUUAUCAAAGCUGAGAUUAAACUCUGUUGAAUGUUAUCAUCCCAGUCUUGAUAAAUGGACCCCAGUCUCAAAAAUGCGUGUACGUCGCAGUGCUUUGGGUGUUGGUGUUUUAGAUGAUGUAGUGUAUGCAGUAGGUGGUACUAAUGGAUUUAAAGUUCACAAAAGUGUUGAAGCAUACAGUCUAAGUACAGGAGUAUGGACUUCUAUUCCAGAUAUGCAUUUGUGUCGACAAUUUCCAGGGGUUGCUGUAUUAGAUGGAUUACUGUAUGUCGUCGGUGGAGAUGACGGAACUUCUACUUUUGAUUCUGUAGAAUUUUACAACCCCAAGACUAAAACCUGGACCAUGGUUACAACAUCUUGCAAUGAUGCACGGACUGCAGCAGGAGUUGUAGCAAUUGAUAGGCCACGAAAUUUUAAAACUUGUUAGUAUUCAUAGGCAAAAUUAGGGUCAAUUUUUUUUUGGGGGGGGGGGGAGGGGGGCUAGAAUUGUAUAAGCUACUCAGAGCCACCCUCACAGCUGAUAAACCGGAUAGCUACUGACAAUACACAAAUAAAUUCAUAUGAUAUUAAAAUAUUUUUAUAUUUAAAUUAAUUUAAUAUUCAAUAUUGAAUCAAUACUAAUUUUCUAUUAGCUAUAGAAAAUGUGUCAAUAAUUCUUUUUGUUUCCAAACUAUUUGUUACAUCUCUCUCAAUAUUUAUUAUUGAUAAAUUUGAAAAUCGAUUUUUAACUUUAAUCAGGCAAUUUUUGGGAACAAGCAUCACUGAUUUCUAAUGUAAUAAACGCAAUGCGUUUAACUCAUGUAUAUUUUGUUUAUGGAAUGUGCAACGUUGAUAAUAACUGAAAUAAUAAUAUUUUUUUAAUUGAAAAAAACGUUUUAAAUUCUAUAACAAAUAAAAAAUUUUAAAGUCAUAGCUUACUUUUUAAUUUAUAUUUGUACCUAUUAUGUGGAAGCUAGAAAAAUAUUUGGGGGGCUAAAACUAGAGUUCCAAUAAGUAGGUAGUUAGCGCUAUAUUCAAACAAUUCAGAAAUUUAUACUUAAAUACAGUUUUUUAAUAAAUAUUGUAAACCAAAUUAUCAAAUUUGGAUGAAAGUGGAUAUUUAAACAGAUAGUCCUGGUCAUAGUUGUUUUAUUUUAAUUUAAAAAUAUUUUUCAUAUGGGUUCUUGAGAAUUUUGAAGUUAGUAUACGAGGUGAUUUUUUUAAGGAUGCUCAUCCUAUUUGUAUGCUUAAACUACAUGUAUAUUCAAAUUCUAAUUUUUGGAAUUUUUAAUAACACAAGGAGAUUAUAAUAUUUUCGUUUACCUACUUGAUAUUUUUUGUACCACUUAAAGAUGAUCAUGUGAUAAUAAAAACUUCUGUUUUUCAAAUAAACCCCCUCUCCCUUUUUUUACUUUUAAUUAUUCAGCAGAUAUGUUUUUGAGAAUUUUGAUGUAUCUAAAUCAAAGUUCGAACGAUUAGUUCUUGAGUUGUAUAACUUUAUGUAUUAAGGACAAUAUUAUGUCUAUGGUGAUGGGUUAAGUAGAUUUGAAAAUGUUAGUAAUUACUAUUUACUAUUGAUCUAUCAAUAUAAAUAAUUUGUAAAAAUGAUCCAAG